AACUAGUAAAAAGAAACUUUAGGUGUAUUUCAUUUUUAGUUUCUGAAUGCUGGUCAUUUUGACACAUCUUCAAAGAAUCGCUCUGAAUUGGUGCUCUGUGGGGUGAGAAUUAGAUAGAAAGAGAAAGAGAGAAAAAUCUGCUAUCACUGGUUUGUUGAGUGGACUGUGCUGGCCAGUCCAUUAGUCUGGUGUUGGUGAAUUCAAUAUAUGCAUGCAUCUGUAUGGAUUGACCUCAACAUGCUCCACUGUCCUGAAUUAGCACUGAAAAUGUGACCACUAUAUGCUUACCAGUAUCAGAUGUAGACAAGCCAGCGCUGUUUACGUCGGGCACUUCCAGAGAGGUGACACCAAAGAGUUAAUAAUGCAGAAAGAGUAAAAGCUUUCUAGUAAAUCGUGUGGAUUGCGUUUGCCACAUGUGGCAGUUCCUUUUGUCUUUUUUUGCAUCUUCUUUUUUAAGUUUGGUUGCCAGGGUUCGGGCAGCAGCUGGAGGGAAAUGGCUCGCUUUAUUGCACCGCUUGAGUUUUUGUGGUGUUUCCUUGCCAUUCAAAAAUCUGGCAAUAUUGUGACUUGUCACUUUCAGUUUUUCUUAGCUUGUUGGCACAUUCACAAUGCGUGAGAAUGAAAAGAGACAAGACUUUUCCUCUUUUCCUCACUUACCGACAAGCAUAUCCCCCUGUUUUCCUCACUCACAUACCCCUCCUACCUUCUUUUUCUCUUUAGUGGAAUGACAGUUGGAUUAUGUAUUUCUGUGGUGAACCUCUAUACACACUCAGUGAUGAAUUACAUUUAAAUUUGUUUGACUUCAUUCCCGAGUUGGCGCAUUGAGCACUUAAAAUGCACAUCUCUUCCGUUGUUUUCCUCCCCCCCCCCCUCCCCUCCUCUCCUCCAUUUUAUUAUAUUAGCUGUAGAGAAAACAAGGCGAGGGAAUUGCAUUAGUGUAUCUUAAGUUAAAAGCUCCUUGCUCUUUGACCAAGUGUUUCAGUGCUAUUGGGUUAAUCAGAUUUUUGCUGUCUGCGUGGAGAUGCUAUCGUGGGUAACCAAAGCAGCCCCCACUCCGACACUAUCCAGAUGGGAUCGGCUUACGGGCCUCCUUGUCCCAUUCAUUAGGCCGAUUACUCAGUCCACUGGCCACUCUGGAGCCCUCUCACUUCUGGCUGUUGAACAGGAUGGCCGCUGAGGAGCGGCACCUGCCGUCCAGCUGUGGCUCGUACAUAAAGACGGAGCCCUCUAGUCCGUCCUCGUUGGUGGACACGGCCAGCCACCCAAGUCCCGGAGCCCACUCGGACGCCAGCGGUGGUUACGCUAGCGCCAUUAACAGCCACUCCAACGGCCUGGACUCUCCACCCAUGUUUACCGCGGCCGGACCCCUGGGUGCCGCAGGCAGCGCCUGCCGCAAACGCUAUGAGGACUGCUCCAGCACGCUGCUGGAGGAUUCAGGCCCCAUCAAGUGUGAAUACAUGCUCAACUCCAUCCCCAAACGCCUGUGUCUGGUCUGCGGAGACAUUGCAUCAGGCUACCACUAUGGCGUGGCCUCCUGCGAGGCUUGCAAGGCCUUCUUCAAGAGGACAAUACAAGGUAACAUAGAGUACAGCUGUCCGGCCACCAACGAGUGUGAGAUCACAAAGCGGAGACGCAAGUCCUGUCAAGCCUGCCGCUUCAUGAAGUGUCUGAAAGUGGGCAUGCUGAAGGAAGGUGUUCGUCUGGAUCGUGUGCGAGGAGGCAGGCAGAAGUAUAAGAGGAGGAUUGACACAGAGAGCAGUGCUUACCUGGGCCUCACACUGCCACCUCCAGCAAAGAAACCAUUGACAAAGAUCGUGUCCCACCUGCUAGUAGCAGAGCCAGAGAAAAUCUAUGCCAUGCCAGACCCCACCAUGCCUGAAAGUGACAUCAAGGCUCUGACCACCCUGUGCGACCUGGCUGACCGUGAGCUGGUGGUCAUCAUCGGCUGGGCCAAGCAUAUCCCAGGCUUCUCCAGCUUGUCUCUGGGAGAUCAGAUGAGUCUACUGCAGAGCGCUUGGAUGGAGAUUCUGAUCCUGAGCAUCGUGUUCCGCUCGCUGCCCUAUGAAGAUGAGCUGGUGUAUGCAGAGGACUAUGUGAUGGACGAGGAGCACUCACGGCUCACAGGUCUGCUGGACCUCUACGUGUCCAUCCUGCAGCUCGUCCGCAAGUACAAGAAGCUGAAGGUGGAGAAGGAGGAGUUUGUCACACUCAAGGCCAUUGCCCUUGCCAACUCAGACUCCAUGCACAUAGAGGACGUAGAGGCAGUUCAGAAGCUCCAGGAUGCUCUUCACGAGGCCCUGCAGGACUAUGAGAGCGGGCAACACACGGAGGACCCUCGGCGAGCAGGAAAGCUGCUAAUGACCCUGCCCCUGCUCCGGCAGACAGCCACCAAGGCGGUGCAGCACUUCUACAGCAUCAAGGUGCAGGGCAAAGUGCCCAUGCACAAACUGUUCCUGGAAAUGUUAGAGGCCAAGGUCUGAACAGGCCCCGCACACGACAGCCACGGUCACAUUGCCGCGGCAACAGUGAAAAGGGAUGCGUUAGAGACACACUAACUGAGGAGAGGCAUGGGGAGAGACACACUGUUUGACAAACAGAUUAUAGACUCGCCUCUCUCCCCUCUCUGUCUUUUCAAACCCGUCCCCCUCUGUUUCUCUCGGACACGAGACAUUUUUAAAGAAGACCUGAAAAAAAGAAGAAACGCAUUGAAAAAGUAUAAAUAUAAAUGAAGAAAAGUUUAAAAUAUAUAACAAAUCCUAUGUACUUGUACAGUAAUGAUUUUUUUGGUUUGUUUUGUUUGUUUAUGGUCUGUGCUUAUGUAUGAAGGAAGAAAUCUCUCAAUAAGGUGGUCGGACGCUCUUUUUUAUUUUCAAAAUUUUGAAAACCUAACUCUCUAUACAUGUAAUGAUUAAAUCUGUAAACCUGUGGAGCAUCUCAUGUGAUGGUUCAGCCCCUGGACGUUACCAGGACUCUGCUAGGACUUGUAAAUAUUCAUUCACAGUGCGAUAAAAUGAGGUGACUGUACAGGCAAAAGUUGGGGGAAACGACAGCCAUGUUGUCUUGCUCUGCUCGACCGGAUGGGGGACACGUAAUCAUUAAAAAAAAAAAAAAUUAAAAAGGAACAUAAGCUCUUUCAGUUUGAACGUCCGCGAAUAUACCUCUUCAGAACAGUGACCCCCUGUGGCAUUGAUUUAUCAUGCCACAUGUGGGAUGACACAACUGGUAAACAUGUUUAACCAACUAGCAUAGCCAGGUAGUCAGUUGUCUUACUCUGUAGUAAAACUCAGCAAUAAAGGGAGCUGAUGGGACAGGCACCGGGGGCCGAACCCCUCUGACUGCUUUUCAAUGCUGCUGCCAUUAGAACACAACACCCUUUGAUAUGUUACAUGUGUUGCAAGUGAGUGCAUUCCGGCAAUAAACGCACCACUUGCCUGUUGCACUGUGGCCCAUUUUGUUUUCCUGAUUGUUGUUGUUGUUGGUGUUGUUGUUGUUGUUGCUGAUGUUUUCCUCCAACCCGUAUUUGGUCGGCGGAGUAAGCUGGUGCUAAAUGUUUGCUGGCAGGCUGACGAACAGACCCGAUUUGGGCAGAGUGAAAGAUGAGUGAGGGAUUGGUGGGGGGAGGUGGGCUGGGAUAGUUGGGGGUGGAUGAGGUGGAAGGGAGGUAUCAAAGGAUUUAUGCCGAGUGGCCGAAGUCCAGGAGAUUCCAUAUUCAAACAAUCAGAGGCCCAUAUGUCAAAGGAACUAUUUUGGGUGUGUUAAGCCAUGGGUAGAGCCGUCCCGCACAGAGGAAGCAAGGUGCCCAGCAUCUGCUUGGCCCAUUUUAGAAGUGGCCCGGACUUUUUAUAGUCCUGCCACUUUUAUAGCAAUGUAUCCAAAUGAAGGUGAACGGCAGGUGCAGGUCUUUCACACCAGCUUUUAUUUUUAGGCUUCCAAAGGUGGCGGCAGGCUGAAGAGUAGGCCACGCACACGCUGAGGGCUCUUGACCCCAUGUUGACACAAUAGCGCUGACGCAUUGAUUGCUAAAAAGGGCUUUGAAGCAGGCAUCUACAUAAACAGCUAAUUACCCCCUAAACCCUCCCCACCCAAGGGUUCCAUCUGCGCAAACAGCCAUGGAGGAUGACUAGAAAACACCAACACUGCUCCAACAUCUCAGCAACUGCUCUAAAAUAGAGCUGCCAUGUUGUUUUGUUUGACCUUUUGUGGUGCAUGAUGGGAAAAGUAGUUCAAUGCUGUAGAUUUCAAUCACCCUUUUCCUCCAUUUCGAGAGAGUCUGCUUGGGAAGGGAACGGCUUAUACUACUGAUGUCAUUUUAUGUGAUGUUGUAAAUUGUGCCGCUGUCACAAUUUGAUACUGUGAUCAAAGGAACUGGCAUAGUGAAGGGUGAUGGUGGCCAGCUCGCUCACUAUAUCAUUGGCCAAAGUGCAUCCUGCUGUACACUCAUUGGCUACUUAAUGGAGGAUGGUCAUGGGCCUCUCUCCACUAAACUGUCUAAACUUGAAGUGGCCACAGUCCUGUGUAUGGAGUGGGCUUAGCCAGGCAGAUAAGGACAAUGUAAUACAGGGCAUUUUUCAUUCUGUUGUGCAUACUACGUGGGUAACAACAGGGACCAAUUCUGACUAAAAUCAUGCCGUUACUGCUUUUUUUUUUCUCUUUCAGAAGAUGCAAGAAGAGAUUAAUACACUGCAAACUCACUUAAAGAAACAUUGUAGGAUAUAGCUUGAUCUCUGACCUCUCACAUGCUCUCUCAUAGCCCCUACAUUUGGAGCAAAAAGAGAGUUGUUGUGGUCUUUUUUGGACUUUUAUCUGUAUGUACUCUCAGUCUUGCAUACGUACAUUGAACCAACAUGCAACGUCCAGUUAACUACCUCAUCAUUCAUCCAGACUGUACAGUCUCAAUUUGGACACAGUGUAAAUAGUCAAAGAACACUGGCCGCAUGUGUGUUGUGAAGAGAUUGUGAGCAAUUCAAGCUUUCUAUUGCAUUGAGAGGGCAGCGCUGUAUGUAAGUGCAGGCUGUCAAUAAGCACUGCUGCCCCCAGCACCUGCACUAUUUACACCUACUUCACAUUAUGAACUCUGCAGCGCACUAUUCGCCAUGCCAGUCUCUAUAUAGGUUUCAGUUCACACUAUCUAUCUAUCUAUCUAUCUAUCUAUCUAUCUAUCUAUCUAUCUAUCUAUCUAUCUAUCUAUCUAUCUAUCUAUCUAUCCAUCCAUCCAUCCAUCCAUCCAUCCAUCCAUCCAUCCAUCUUGCUCAAUAUGAACCCCCCACCACUAUCAACCUCUGUGAAUGUCCUGUGCUCUUAAACACUGUACUGGUUUACUCCUUCAGUUACUUCUCUACUUUUAAAUGAAAGAUGCUUGUAUAGAAGCACUGACACCCCUUAUGGUCAGUUCAUUGUAAUACGUCUUACCAAAAUGUUCCCCUUAUCCACACCCUUGUGUAAUGACACUCAGCAUGCAACAGUCAGAAUUGGUCCCACUGUGUUCAAAUGUUGAAAAUGAAAAGGGAUUUUAUUUUCUCCAAAAAAAAAAUAUUUAUUGUGUGUAUUAUAUCACUUUGGCUGCACUGUACAAUAAUAUCUGAUUGUUCAUUUAACAAUUCCUGUGUCACAUUUCUUUUUUGUUUUGAUGUCAAAAAAAAUGAGAAAAGGAACAAAGAAAAAGAUAUACUCCCAACAUA